AUGAAGACUAUCGGAUCAACGCUUUUGAGCGAUCCAUUAGAUGCUGCUUUGAUCAUAUCAAAACAACUAACCAAGAGUGAUGUUAAACGUAAUGUGAUAUUGCCGAAGCAACAAACUGAGUCUGUGCUGAUGAGGAUGGAUGGUGGUGUGACAGCUGAAGAGUUGCAAAACGGCAAGGUAGUGAAAGUAAUUGACUUAGAGGAAGGCGAUGAAUACAUGGUUACCCUGAGGUCUAGAGACAACAAAUACGAAUUUGGGGAUGGUUGGUAUACCAUGAAAUAUUCACUAGAUCUCCAAGUAGGCGAAAUUCUGAAACUCUAUUGGUAUCAAGAUCAGAGAAUAUUUGUUGUUCUCAAUUUUGACCAUACUGUACAACAUGUUCCAGCGUAG